AUGAGCGAAUCCCACCUACUGAUAGCAAAGGUGAAAGGUUUUCCUUGGUGGCCAGCUAAAGUUGCAAAUCCUGCGAAUCAGGGGUUCGAAGAAAGGAAGGACGGGAGCAAGACAUUCGUUUACUUCUUCGGGACGAGAAAGUAUGCAUGGGUCCCUUCAACGUGCGCAGUCCCUUUCUUUGAGAAUUUGAACCUGAUUCUCCGGGGGAAGCUGGAUAAGAUAGAUCAGGCACUAGUGGAGCUGCAGCAGCAUCUCUCCGAAGGAUCCCAAGCAGACCGGGAGAAGUUUGACAAGUUGUUCAGAUUUGAGAACGGAAGUUACCUAUACAUCGGCCCACCUACAUCCUCUGCCACCUCGAACGAGACAUCUUCCUUGGAUCGUGGGUCGGAUCGAAACUUCAAGAGCGAGGAGAGCGAACGGAAAGGCGUCCAGGCAGGAGAGAUGCAGAAGAACAUAGGAGUGAAACGCAAGUCGUCGUCUUCGCCGCCCAGGUCGCAUGGCCCUGAGAAAUCCUCGAGCAAGCAGCCGCAAGGGGACCGGCAAUCGAAACAGAAAUGGGUGGGGGAUCCAACAUUUGUUGACUCUGAUGGAAACAAGCAUUUCCGCGCUUUCAGCAAGCAAGGAGUUCUGUUUCAGAAGCUAGACUGUGCUUUUCUCAAGCCAGAGCAAGACCAUGACCUGUAUGUUGUUCGCAUCGAUGACAUGUGGGAAGAGCCUUCGGGAGAUAUGAUGUUCAAAGGCUUUUGGUUCUACAGACACAACGAGGUCAAGAGGGCUCCUACCAACAUGAUUGACUCAGAAUUGCUGCUUUCUGAUUGGGCAGACACCAAUCCUAUCGAGAGCGUGAUGGGCAAGGCUGUCAUCCUGUUUGCCAAGAACUUAUUGCCACGAGAGGCUUGGACGGCCAAAGUGAACGGAGGAAUCCUGUACGACGGUCGGGAGUACGAUCACUUCUGCUGCAGACAUCUGGUGGUUAGGAGCAACAAGAUCUCCUUCCUAACCGAGAAGAAGCUGGGGCAAGCCAUCGAGGUGAACGGUCACGGAGGGGACGCGGCAGACUCUCAGGGUCAGGAGCAGCCGCAUGACUCGCACAAGGUUCCAUCCAGCCGAGAAGCCGAGAGGUCUCGACCGGAGGCCCCUGUGACCCUAAAGCUGAACCCCGAGCACUGGAUCCCCAGCGAGCAGUACAAGGCCGAGUGGAACGGAGUUCAGUUCAUCAACCGAGGCAGCGUCCUGACCCGCGACCCAUCGCCCAUGACGCCCGAGAAGGGAGCGCAGAGGGUGACUGGGCUCGCCAUCUCCCCGACCGGCGACACCCUGGUGGCCGUCAACCUCCCUGCCUUCCUAGGGAUCUGGAAGUUCAAAUUCACCGACUCGGCCGGGCUGGACGUGAAGGGGGAGCCGACGUUCGACUACGUGCUGCACGUCAACGGCAGGACGCAGGACGAGGAGAGCGCCAAGUGCGAGUUCCUGGCUGUAAGCAUGAUCCACAACGGAAGCCGUUGCGUGGUGGGAGGGACGAUGGGGCAGAUGCGAAGGUUCACCAGCGACCCGGCCACCAAGGACAACUUUGGAUUUCUCCGGGUGUAUGAGGUCACAACGGGGACAGUCCUCCAGCAUCUGAACCUUUUGGAGCAUCCUCCGAUCGUCACUAUCAAGACAGGAUGGACUUACAGCAACGGAGAGAAGGGGCUUGUGUUUGCGCUAGGCAGUCACAGAUACAAGGAGGGGGAGCCGGAGGAGUGUGGCGGAGAGCACGGGAACCCAGCGGAUGCGAAGAAGACGAGCACUUGUGUCCUCUCGCAGUUCGUGGUGAACGCGUAUCAGGGUGAAUUGAAGCAUGACAAGCAGGUCGAGGUUGAGUCGUACCGCUCGAUCACGAUUGUUUACCCCCCCAGCAUGGACAUGGCGAAAGAAUCCCCUCUCGAUGCCGUGCUGGUGGUUGCUUCAGGCAGAGGGUUUCGCAUGUAUAAUGCCGGGUCGAUGGAGGAGAUUGGGAGUAGCCUCGAAGAGUACAACCAGACGUGCUCUGAUGUCGUUGCCAUCCCCAAGAACGUUCUGCCUUUGCCUGAGCCAGGACUUGUGGAGGUUAGCUUCUUCUUGUCAUGCGGAGAAGACAUCCAGUUGCAUGCGAUCCAUUGGAACAAGAGCAAAGGCAACAACGACCAGGAGCUCUACGACUCUGUCACCGUUCAGUUCCUCCGCCUGUACAGGCUGGGAGAGAACAUGUACGACAGCUACGCUCCUCUCAGCAACUUCUCGGGCUCCAUCUGCUCCAACGGCAGAUACGCCAUCCGAGCCGUGAGGCAGCAGGUCUUCGUCUGGAACCUCGACACUACCCAGCUCACUGCAGUCAUCCAGCACGACCUCGGCUACGACUUCAGCUGUCUGCUUUUCCACCCCUCGCAGAAGUGGCUGUUCAUGGGGACCGUCGACAAGAUGAUCGAGUAG